AAGUAACAAAUAUAGAUGGAACAACAAUGGAGGGUCUGUUUUCUUACAGAAACAAAACUUGAGGAAUAUAAUCAGAGAGUAAAGGAAAGAGAGAGAAAAGAAGAAAAUGGUGAUUCCAGAUAUAUUUUCUGGAUGAAGUUUUUUUGUGUGAAUUUGUAUCGAUCGGUGCUUAAUCUCCUAGAGGAGAGGAUGAAGAAGGAGAUGAUAGAAGAGAUGGUGAUAGUAGGAGGUUUAGUAAUGGUUCAAUUUGUAUACGCAGGCAAUUCUUUGCUCAUGAGUUAUUUGAUGUCACUUGGUCUUGGCCCUUUCACCAUUGUCAUCUUCUCUACCUUUGCCACUUUCAUAAUUCUCUCGCCUUUCGCCAUCCUCUUCGAAAGGAAGCAAUGGCCAAAUGAGCUUAGUUUGAGGCUGAUUGGUAAGCUAGUUUUGAUCUCCUUUGCAGGGGUUACUCUGUUCCAGUCUCUGUUUCUAGAAGGAAUCAGGUUGACAUCACCAGCAAUGGCAACAGCGAUGCCUAAUCUCGCUCCUGGUCUUAUUUUCUUCCUCGCUUGGAUCGUUGGGUUAGAGAAGAUGAAUCUGAAAUGUGUGUACAGCAAACUGAAGAUCUUAGGGACAUUGUUAUGUGUAUUCGGCGCUUUAACUAUGAGCAUAAUGCACAGCACUUCUAUCAGUCAUAAAGAAGAAGAUGAUACUCCAGUAUUCGUCUUUGAUAGAGAUAAGGUCGUCGGAUGUAUCUACCUUCUUGGAGCCGUCUUUGUUUUAUCUACCAACGUUGUUCUUCAGGCGUCAACAUUGGCAGAGUUUCCGGCACCGAUAUCCUUAAGUGCAAUAACGGCAUUACUAGGAAUGUUGAUAACAACGGUGGUACUACUACUACAAAACCGAAAGGCAAAAGUACUUAGCAGUUCAUUUGUUAGUUUCGGUAACCUCGUUGGUUACUCUCUCCUGGCAGGGACAGUGAGUGGAGCAUGUGUUAGCUUUAAUGGAUGGGCCAUGAAGAAACGUGGACCGGUUUUGGUUUCAAUGUUUAGUCCUUUCGCUACCGUUAUUUCGGUUGCUUUCUCCGUUUUGACAUUAGGAGAGUCCGUUAGCCUUGGAAGUGUGGGAGGGAUGGUGUUGAUGUUCGUAGGGCUAUACCUUGUGUUAUGGGCUAAAGGCAAAGAAGGGUUCUCUGAAAUUGAGAGUUUUGAGAGUGAGUUCGACUCUAAGAAGCCUCUUUUGUCUUGAUUGUUUUCUUUUUGUUCAUCUUCUUCUUCUAUCAAUUUAUGGAAAAGAAAACUGGUCGAAAAUUGGAUAUCUAGUUUUAGUCUUUAUUUCUAGUCAACAUUUUAGACGAAGAAAAUGGAAAUCUAUAUAUGUUCCACUUUUAUAGUGUUUUUAGCAGAACAUUGAUAGAAGAUGAUGGGUGAAAUCACAAAUCAUAUCGGAUGACACAAGUUUGUUUCAUGAGUUAGAGCAAUCAUCUUAUAAGUCCACCAAAGAUUACAAGUUAGGUUAACAUAUAAAUCAUGUUAAUAUAUUAAACCUAUAAUUUUUUUCUUCAUAAGAAGCUAGUGAACUUAGAUUUUUCCGAAGCAUUGUAAAUAAUUUUAAAUGUUGCGAAAUUACUUGAUUACAAUAGGUUCCCAUUGGUACCCAUUUUGAAGAAAAUAAUGAGUAUGAAUGCAAUGUUCUUUUUUUGUUC